CCAGUUGCGACUUGCGAGUGUUGCGAGUACAUACGUAUCAAAUUAAUAAUACUCCGUAAUAAUAAUCUAAUCUAAAUAGAGCUACAUAAUACCAAAAAUGGCAGUGUCUUGUUCUCUUGUCUAAUUGAGUAACUGGGUAAGAAGGAAGUAGUCAAAUUACAUCCGAAAUGUAUGAAAUCUGUUAAUUUCUAGUCACAAAAUACUUAGAAAUCCUCCCAAUUAAUUAAAAAUUCCUCAAAAUUCUCAAAUACAUAAAAAUUCCCCAUUACAUAAUAAAUCAAUCCUUACUAAAAAUGGAAAGUUCAGCAAUUACCCGCAAAAAUAUUGAUCAAAUUCAGAAAACUAUUCACCAAUUAAUUGAAUCCAAACAAUCAUCAGCUACAGAAACUUCCAUGGGAAAUGACAGUGAUGGCGAACGCCAGCUCCUCGUAAAACUGCUUUCUCAGUUGGAAACCAUGAAAGAAGAUGAAAUUACCAACCAAAAUGAACUAUCAGUUGAGCCAAAGGAGGUACCUACAGGUAGAGCCAGUGAAGAAGAAACAAAGAGCUGUGAUGAAAGUGAGGCUUCUAAGAAAAACACAGCGGUUGAAGCAGAAGAUGUAGUUAAAGAACUGAAAAAAUUAAAUAAACAGAACAGAACUACACAUUGGUUACUUUCAGCUCUUAUUGUUCUCACUGUCGCUUGGCAAGUCUCUGAGGUCUCCCUGUUACUAAAGCUGAAGUCUGGCUUUAGUAAUCCAUUUAAAUCUCUCGGAAAAAUGUUUGUUGGAAUGGUUAAACGCCGUGCAUUUCAUGAGGAAGAAGCAGAUGAAAGUUCGGUGCUAGCUAAGGUAAAUGGGAGAGAGACGCCUGAGAACCCUCUUAAACUUCCCAGCAUGGAUAUUGCAGGAUUGAUAAAUGGGGACGGGGGAUGACAGUUUUGCAUUUCCUUUUUUUAACUUUCUCGCAUUGGUUAAGUGUAAAGUUUUUCACUAUGAAUUGAGUUAUGAAAACUUCAAACUUAGUUUGUUCAAAAGAAACUAUUGUAUGCUUUUUAAAUUUUGAUAAUCAAGAGUUCAAUUCAUUAUGUAAAAGAGUUCUUUAGGGAGUGCCCGUUUUGAGCAUUUUUUGAGGUUUGGGGGUUGUUUUGACGUGGGAAUAACUGAAUAAGGCGAUUGAGGGAAGGACGGAUUGUUUGUGCACAUUAAAUAUGUUACUUACAUAAUAUGUUUAUGUUCACAUAAAGUAGAAUAUUUUUUUAACAUGUAAAUAUAUUAUCCCUAUUUAUGUAUUUUAUAAGAUAAAAAGGGAAAAACAAAGAAAGUGUGAUGAUUUCCAUAUCAAUAGUGAUUAUUCUUGUUAACAACCAUAAGAUAAGAUUAGGUUAUAUUCCAUUAUGAGGUUAUGGAUACUUUUUCAUCUUGAGUUUUUUUUUUUUUUUUUUUUUUGGUGUUUAGAGAGCCACAAGGGCGGUGAUGAGAAUCGAUCCCAGGAUCUCCUGAAAUCGGGAUGGAGUUUUAACCACUUGAGCUAUCUCUCAUUCUCCUUCAAUCUUGAAAUAGAAAGACUUCUCUUCCAUUUAUUUAUUUCGCACAAGUCUAACCUAGUACUUUCACUAUAUUGUUUACUAGAAUAUUAAAAAAAAAAAUGUUGUCACAUACGUAGUAAAAUAUUAUUGUACUAAUCCUUAUGUAUAUAUUUAUAAUAUUCACCGUUUAUGUUUCAUACUAAUGUAUAAUUACAAAUAUUUAUGGUCAAAGUUGUUGAUUGACACAUAUGUUAGCCAAACUAUUGUAAUUAUUAUAAAGAAGAAAGGAUUAGUAUAAUAUAACCACGUUAUGUAUUGUUGCUAUGGUAAGUUAUGAAUUUGGGAAUCAACAGCACAAAUUAAGAGGAAGUAUUGCAUACACAUUAGUAGUUUUCCGAGAUGCCAAGUUUGAUCAUUGGAAAUUUGAAACCAUCUCUAGCAACUCAAUCUCACUAUUAGUGAUAGUAACAUAUUUCUAAAAUAGCCACAUGUCUAAACCACGCUUAUUCUCAAGACUUUAUACACCUAUUGGUAGGCAUGUUAUUGUUCCAAACCAAGUUAUAUAACCCUAGCCCCUAUGAGACACCCCAUACAUUCACUUUAAUUUCGAAAAAAAUACCAACAUUAGCCCAAAAGCAUGAUUUAUCUCAGUUUUGGACAAUUUUCGAUUUUUUCAAAUCCGCGAAAGAAAAAGGUCACAAUGCUUCCCACAAACCCAACAACACAAACAUCGACUUUGUCUUUAUAGCACACCACCCUUAAUUUACUUAACGCCAUCACAGACCUUUAUGUGACCGACUAUUGGAUGUAUAUGAUUUCAAAUAACAUCAUAUAACCUUAGAAUGCAUCCUCUAAUAUCUUGAAAUUUUUUGACAUCAAGUCGCGAAACCUCUGAAAUGAUCCAAAUGGCUGGAUUAUAGCCUUUAGUUUUAGAUAAUACUUUCCAAACCUAGAAGGCAAGCCAAACACUACCCUCAAUUGUCAAAUUAAGUGUUUUUUUUUUUUAAGGAUAAAGUGUUUUCAUGUCUUGUCCUAGUGCACAUGCCUCGUUUUGUGCUUCUAUUUGUUAGCAUCAUCGAGUUCCGCCAAAUUAAGCAAACCCUGAGGAGAAUUGUUCAAAAUAACAUGUUCCUCUCCAUUAAAGGGGGUUCAACCGCAAAAUGGGCCAUUGUAUACCCCUCUAUGAACAACUCGUAUAACACACUUUCUAUCAUUAGAUCCAUGAGGUUCUAUGGAUCUGGAUCUCAAUCUCUUGCUUUAUUAGCUCUCUCUCUCUCUCUCUCUCUCUCUCUCUCUCUCUCUCUCUCUCUCUCUCUGCAUGCGCGAGACACACCACUUUCUUCCACAGAUUCUAUUUAAAUAUGCAGCACUAUGAACAACAUUGCUCAUCCUGCUACAACCGUAUCCACAAAACAAUACCAGAAUA